CUAAAUCGCAGUGGCAAUGAAAUGGGAUUUCGUACUUUUGGCUUCAAAAAUGAAGCGAUAAAUAAUUCAGUGAUGAGUUUUUGUGAGAGAACUUAAGACUACAGUGUUGUUUACACUUCACGCGACUGUUCAGUUUUAUUAUAUAGGCUGUCUUAGCUUAAGUAAAGAAGGGCGGUGGCUUGUUCCACUCAUUCAUUCAUAUUUAGUUUAAACUUAGGUUUUUGUUCUAAAGUAAUUUCAUACUACUUUUAUUGCCAGAAUGAAUUCAUACUGACUUUCAUACCAAAUUGUAAAAAAAUGUCAGGUGCAGCAGCCGGAGGUGCUAGCAAUUCUGGUGCCAGUACAUCAGUGACUGCUCUUGGUGGCCUCGGUGGGUCCUUAGAAGACAAGGAUUGUGAUCUUUUGUGCCCAGUAUGCUUUGAACUCAUUGAUGAAGCAUAUGUCACACGCUGUGGUCACUCUUUUUGUUAUGCCUGCAUUGCUAAGUCAGUGGAAUUGCACAGGAGGUGUCCCAAAUGUGGAGCCCAGCUGACGGGACGAGAUCACUAUUUCCCGAACUUUUUGCUCAACGAGCUGGUUGCCCGUCGACGCUUGCGCACUAAACCGACGACUGUCGCGCCCUCAAUCCCAUCACCGGGAGAUGCGGAGAGGCUUCGAGCACUCGUCGCAGCUGAAGCUAGGCAUUUGGGUCUAUCCGAUGUCGACGGCAUGCUAGAUGUGUUGACGAGAAGAAAGAGACUCCUAGAAGCGGAGUCGGCUGCGGCUCACCACAGGCUGUUGUAUGAGUUUUUGUCUCAGCUUCUGAGGCAUCGCUCACACCAGUUGGAACAGUUGUCGAGAGAGGCGACACUAGUGCGAAAGGACCUGGACCACGUGGGCACGGUCCUUCGAGAGCUGAAGGCGGGAGCGGAGGCCCGUAUCCCUUCGCCCACCGAACAUUCCUUGGCCGAAUGGCUGCGAGAAGGUCGAUUGAAACGGGAAAUCAGCGAGGCAGACACGCAGCAAGCCCCUUACGCGCAAGAGGAAGAGGAGAGUUUCGGGUCGGUCUGCGGCGGAGGCUGGGCCGGAACGGAUGCGCUCGCGCAGCGCUGGAGGAGGCUGGCCGCGCAUUUCGAUGACUUCGUCCAGUGCUACUUCGCCCACCGAGCUGACGAGCUAUACUUUCCGGGCUCCGCGUCGGAGGGGCCCACGGCGCCCGCGACCCCGGGGCCCGUGGUGCCCUCGGCCACCGUCGGGGCCUCGGAGGCCGACCGCGUGCCCCAGCAGACGCCCGAGCCGAGGGUCUCCAGCGCCGCAGCCAUGGACCAGACGGCCCCGGACGGGGACCCGCCGCCGGUCCACGCCGUCGCCCAGUGCGGGGGCGGCGACGCCGCUUUCCCCGGGGGGGACCAGAGAGCCCCGGACGGGGAGCCGCCCCUCCGCCCCGCGAGCCCCGCGGCGGCGGGCACGGAGGCGUUCGGCGGCCUCGACGCGUUCCGCGAGGACCUGGCCGCGUUCACCCGCUACAGGGCGCUGCGGCCGCUGGCCACGCUGUCCUACUGCUCGGACGCCAUCAACUACUCCACCAUCGUGUCCACGAUCGAGUUCGACAAGGACGACGAGUUCUUCGCGAUCGCCGGAGUCACGAAGCGGAUCAAGGUGUUCGAGUUCGAGGCCGUGGUGCGCGACGCGGUGGACGUGCACUAUCCCUGCGCCGAGAUGCAGUGCUCCCACAAGAUCUCGUGCGUGUCGUGGAACGCCUACCACAAGAACGUGCUGGCCUCCUCCGACUACGAGGGCACCGUGGCCGUGUGGGACGCCGCCACGGGGCUGCGCACGAGGGCGCUGCAGGAGCACGACAAGCGCUGCUGGUCCGUGCACUUCAACCGCGCCGACGUGCGCCUGCUGGCCUCGGGCUCCGACGACGCCCGCGUGAAGCUCUGGUCGCUGAACGCCGAGCGCUCCGUGGCCACGCUGGAGGCCAAGUUCAACGUGUGCUGCGUGCGCUUCAACCCCAACUCGUCGUGCCACCUGGCCGUGGGCUCGGCCGACCACUGCGUGCACUACUACGACCUGCGCGCGCCCCGCUCGCCGCUGGCCGUGCUGCGCGACCACCGCAAGGCCGUCUCCUACGUGCAGUUCCUCGACUCGAAGACGCUGGUCUCCGCCUCGACCGACUCGACGCUGAAGCUGUGGCGCGUGGACUCGCCGAGGUGCGUCAGGUCGUUCACGGGCCACGCCAACGAGAAGAACUUCGUGGGGCUGGCCACGGACGGGAAGUACGUCGCGUGCGGUUCCGAGAACAACGCGCUCUACGUCUACUACAACGGGGUGUCCAAGCCCCUGCUGGCCUACAGGUUCGAGGCCGUGCGGGGCUUCCUCGAGAAGGAGCGCCGCGACGAGGAGCCCAGCGAGUUCGUCUCGGCCGUCUGCUGGAGGCGCUCCGUGGACAGGCCCGUGCUGCUGGCCGCCAACUCGCAGGGCACCAUCAAAGUCUUAGAGCUCUUGUAAAUAAACGUAUCUUAAGCCUU